ACCUGACAUUGGGACGAGGGCGUCACGGCCCCCCACGCGGGUCCGGGGCCUGCUGAGCCCCGCCCCGCGCUCCCCCGGGAGGGCCUGGGCUGUGUGCGUUGGGGGAGGUUGGUCUCUGAGCCAGGCUCAGAGCACGUCUGCCGAGGGUUCUAGAACAUUCUGCCCCGCCCCCAGGGCCGCGGCUCAGGAAGUGCGCGGCCCACACAGGAAGGGGGCAGUGGGGCUUUCCUGUCGCCGGCGCAGGCGCGGCCUCGGGGCGGCCCGGGGUCCCCAGAGCCAGGCGGCGCCAUGGCGCCCCCCAGCGAGGAGACGCCGCUGAUCCCCCCGCGCUCCUGCAGCCUGUCCUCGGCGGAGGCGGGGGCCCUGCACGUGCUGCUCCCGCACCCGGGCCCCGGGCGCCCCCCGCGCCUGUCCUUUUCCUUCGGCGACCACUCGGCCGAGGCCUUGUGUGUGCGGGCCGCCAAGGCCAGCGGCGUGCUGCCCGUGUACCACUCGCUGUUCGCCCUGGCCACGGAGGACCUGUCCUGCUGGUUCCCGCCCAGCCACGUCUUCUCCGUGGAGGACGGGGCCACCCAGGUCCUGGUCUACAGGCUCCGCUUCUACUUCCCCGAGUGGUUCGGGCUGGACAAAUGCCACCGCUUCGGGCUCCACAAAGAGUUGGCCAGCGCCAUCCUGGACUUCCCGGUCCUGGAGCACCUGUUUGCCCAGCGCCGCAGUGACCUGGUCAGCGGGCGCCUCCCCGUGGGCCUGAGCUUCCGGGAGCAGAGCGAGUGCCUGAGCCUGGCCGUGCUGGACCUGGCGCGGAUGGCCCGCGAGCAGGCGCGGCGGCCGGCGGAGCUGCUCAAGGCCGUCAGCUACAAGGCCUGCCUGCCUCCGCGCCUGCGCGACCUCAUCCAGGGCCUGAGCUUCGUGACCCGCGGCCGCAUCCGCCGGACCGUGCGCCGCGCCCUGCGCCGCGUGGCCGCGUGCCAGGCCGACCGGCACGCGCUCAUGGUCAAGUACAUCAUGGACCUGGAGCGGCUGGACCCCGCCGGGGCGGCCGAGACCUUCUGCGUGGGCCUCCCGGGGGCCGACGGCGCAGACACGCAGGGGCUGCUGCAGGUGGCCGGCGGCAGCGGCGUAGCCUGGAGCCCCGGCGGACAGGAGGCCCUGCAGCCCUUCUGUGACUUCCCCGAGAUCGUGGACAUCAGCAUCACGCAGGCGCCGCGCGCGGGCCCGGCCCGGGAGCACCGCGUGGUCACCGUGACCAGGACGGACACACAGAUCCUGGAGGCCGAGUUCCCGGGGCUGCCCCACGCGCUGUCCUUCGUGGCGCUGGUGGACGGCUACUUCCGGCUGACCACCGACUCCGGGCACUACUUCUGCAAGGAGGUGGCCCCGCCGCGGCUGCUGGAGGAGGCGGCCGAGCAGUGCCACGGCCCCAUCACCCUGGACUUCGCGGUCCACAAGCUGAAGGCCCAGGGCUCGCUCCCCGGCUCCUACGUCCUCCGCCGCAGCCCCCAGGAUUUCGACAGCUUCCUGCUCACCGUCUGUGUUCAGACGCCCCUGGGCCCCGACUAUAAAGGCUGCCUCGUCCGCCGCGACCCCACGGGCGCCUUCUCACUGGCCGGCCUCGGGCGGCCUCACAGCAGCCUGGGGGAGCUGCUGGCGGCCUACCGGAGUGGGGGGCUGCACGUGGACGGGGCCAUGCUGACCCUCAGCUCCUGCUGCGCCCCCAGACCCAGAGAGAAGUCCAACCUGAUCGUGGUGCGGAGGGGCUGCGGGCCCGCGACCCCCGCCGAUCCGCCCCAGGGCCUGCACCCGCUCAGCCAGCUCACCUUCCACAAGGUCCCGGCCGACAGCCUCGAGUGGCACGAGAACCUGGGCCGCGGCUCCUUCACCAGCAUCUUCCGCGGCUCCAGGCGCGAGGCGGUGGACGGGGAGGCGCGGCGGAGCGAGGUGCUGCUCAAAGUGGUGGACGCGCGGCACCGCCACUGCCUGGAGUCCUUCCUGGAAGCCGCCAGCCUGAUGAGCCAGGUCUCCUUCCCGCAUCUCGUGCUGCUGCACGGCGUGUGCAUGGCCGGAGACAGCACCAUGGUCCAGGAGUUCGUGCCGCUGGGAGCCGUGGACACGUACCUGCGCAGGCACGGCCACCGGGUGCCGGCCAGCUGGAAGCUGCAGGUGGCCAAGCAGCUGGCCUACGCCCUCAACUACCUGGAGGACAGGGGCCUCACCCACGGCAACGUGUCGGCGCGCAAGGUGCUCCUGGCCCGGGAGGGGGCCGACGGGAGCCCCCCGUUCAUUAAGCUCAGCGACCCUGGGGUCAGCCCCGCCGUGCUGAGCCGGGAGAUGCUUGCGGACAGGAUCCCCUGGGUGGCUCCCGAGUGUCUGCAGGACCCGCAGGCCCUCGGCCUGGAGGCGGACAAGUGGGGCUUCGGGGCCACCGUCUGGGAGGUGUUCAGCGGCGCCCCGAUGCCCGUCAGCGCCCUGGAGCCGGCCGAGAAGCUGGACUUCUACGAGCAGCGGAGCCGCCUGCCCGCCCCGCCGUGGGCCGAGUUGGCCCUGCUCAUUGAGCAGUGCAUGGCCUACGCGCCGGGCCGGCGGCCGUCCUUCCGAGCCAUCAUCCGGGACCUCAACAGCCUCAGCACGUCCGACUACGAGCUGCUCUCGGACCCCGCGCCAGGCGCCCCAGGGCCCCGCGCCGGGCUGUGGGGCGGCGCCCAGCUCCACGCCUGCCAGGACCCCACGGUGUUUGAGGAGAGGCACCUCAAGUUCAUCUCGCAGCUGGGCAAGGGCCACUUCGGCAGCGUGGAGCUGUGCCGCUACGACCCGCUGGGCGACGACACGGGCGCGCUGGUGGCGGUGAAGCGGCUGCAGCACAGCGGCCCCGACCAGGAGCGCAGCUUCGCACGCGAGAUCCAGAUCCUCAAGGCGCUGCACAGCGACUUCAUCGUCAAGUACCGCGGCGUCAGCUACGGCCCGGGUCGCCAGAGCCUGAGGCUGGUCAUGGAGUACCUGCCCCGCGGCUGCCUGCGUGACUUCCUACAGCGCCACCGCGCGCGCCUGGGCGCCGGCCACCUGCUGCUGUACGCCUCCCAGAUCUGCAAGGGCAUGGAGUACCUGGGCUCCCGCCGCUGCGUGCACCGCGACCUGGCCGCGCGCAACAUCUUGGUGGAGAGCGAGACGCACGUGAAGAUCGCGGACUUCGGCCUGGCCAAGCUGCUGCCGCUGGACAAGGACUACUACGUGGUCCGCGAGCCCGGCCAGAGCCCCAUCUUCUGGUUCGCCCCCGAGUCGCUGGCGGACAACGUCUUCUCGCUCCAGUCGGACGUCUGGAGCUUCGGCGUCGUCCUAUACGAGCUGUUCACUUACAGCGACAAGAGCUGCAGCCCCUCGGCCGAGUUCCUGCGGAUGAUGGGGGGAGAGCGAGACGCCCCCGGCCUCUGCCGCCUCCUGGAGCUGCUGGCUGAGGGCCAGAGGCUGCCGGCGCCGCCCGCCUGCCCGGCCGAGGUCCACGAGCUCAUGCAGCUGUGCUGGGCCGCCAGCCCCCAGGACCGGCCGCCCUUCAGCGCCCUGGGGCCCCGGCUGGACGCGCUGUGGAGCGGGAGCCCGGGGUAGCGGGCCGCGCCGCCUCCAAGGCCAGGGGGCGUGGCCUCCCGCCUCCGCCGCUGCUGGGGGGACCCUGGCUCAGGUGCCCCUCGGAGGACCCCAGCCCCGCCCCUCCCGGGCGAGCCGGGUCUGAAGCUGGGCUUUGGAUGACGCCGCCAGGGCCGGGGAACCGACUGGCCUGCCUCCCCUCCGGUCCUCACCCUCGGAGGCCACAGGGCGCCCGGCGGGGCAGUGGGGGAAGGCACGGCGCUCCUGGCACAGGAACAAGGCUGAACGCCCUGGCCCUCGCUGGCCUCGGUCCUCGCCCCUGUGGAAUGCGCUCAGCUGUCUGAACACCUUUCCCGCCUCUCUGGAAGCCUCGUACACAGCCGUCAAAACCCCAGCGGUCCCGGCCUGCUGUGCCCCUGCCCACCCAGACGCCCAGGCCGCGGCCAUGUGCGCAUGCGUCGAGCUCUGCCCACCCUCACGACGGAUUGGUGUUUGCUGAGCGAAUAAAGGAUCUCCGUGGGC